GUCCACAUGUACAGCGCAAACAAGGACGUGUCCCUUAUCGCUGGUGCAACUAUUUAAAUGAAGCCUUCCAAUCGGUGCCCUCACAGCAAUACACAGAGAAGUCCUUUCCUGAGAGCGUGUCGCCUCCACGCGAUCAAGCACAAGAGAUCGGUUAACACCAGCGAACUUGGUGCGCAAACUCGCACUGUUGAGUUGGGAAAACCUGGCUACUCCGGAGAACAUGUGACUAAGGGACAACGCCUGAUGCGUAAUAACGGAAAUGCGUGCCGCCUAUCCAGGUCGAAAAGCACCUCCAUGGUAACGAGACACCGUAGUUCCAGUCAAGUCUUUCGAGCUUUCACACACGCUCGGGAUACUUUCUUCGUGCUCUUGCGCGAUUUUCUGGCUCUUGCCGUUCGUGUUCUCAUGUCAAAAAGCGGUGAUCGCUUCAUCUCGGACAGAAACAAUUUCCAUUCUUUCUUCUGGCGUUUGACUUUGAGGCGCGCAGUUCGUGCCAGGCGUCGUGCGAGCCUUAUGAUUCUCUCGUGUGUCUGUCUCAUAAAAAAUGAGUUCUCUCCACCAGUCGGCUGCUCUCAUUGUCACUCCGCUGCCUCUUUUUCCAUCGUAGGUGCAUUCGCUAGAAGAACAUUUUUCGUUGUAAAUCGCGUCCUUGAACACUUUCGGGACUGCCGCGACCCGUGACAUCCGCCUUCAACACAGUGCACGCAUCGAUACCAAGCAAAGCACCGAAGGAUGGCUUCUGACGAGGGGAUCGGGUUGCUUGCGUAAGGAGCCUCCGACUCUUGUAGAACGAGCCUUUCGGACCUG